AUGUCAGCAAACCCCGACGCCGUCUCCAACCAAGGAGAAUUCCGCAGCAAGGUGCCUAGAGCCGAGCCUAUGAUGAAAGGCGGCCACUCCAUCGGCACAAAAGUCGGCAACGACGCCGCCCCCGAAUUCCACGCGCAGACCCUCCCCGCAGGAACGGCACCCAAAUCCUCAACCUACACGCCAAACACGCAAUCCGAGAUCCCGGGACAGGCCAUGAACCCGAAUAUCGCGAAGGAGACGUGGACAAGGGCGGAGGAUACGCUGGGAGGGGCGACGAGUAAGGAUGUGCACACGGGUCUGGGACACCCGGGGAGUGGCCAGACGAGCAAUGAGAUGAGGCAGCAUAAGGAGAGGAAUGGGCUUGAGGGGACGGGAGCGAGUGUGGGCGAGAUGGUGCCGAGGGGGUUGGAAAGGGAUGAUGAGAGGGCGGGGAUGGGGAUGGAGGGGAGGAGGAGGGAGGAUUUGAAGGAUGAGGGGGAUAGGUUGAAUGAGACUGCUGAGAGUGUUGCUUCUGAGAGAAGGGGCUGA